GCAUUUGGCGGUGAAUUCGGUGGCUUUUUUUGCCUACUCCAACCCUAUAUAGCCUACAGGUAUGCACCCCUCGCCGAAGGUAUUGUGGUCCACACAAAGGAACUCGCUCCACUUUCCUAUUUGAGGUGACCUCCUCAGCAUGCGACCGCUGGCCAGCCUGCCUUGUUGUCCAACGUGAAGAUCUCGCCUUUUGGAUUUCGGGCAGAAUGUUUUAGUCAUAUAAAGAUAGAUUCUCAAUUGAUAGCGACUAUGAUAUAUUCUGCAUUUGGGUAUAUUACGCAUCGUCAAGCCAAUACAUUUUAUUCCUUGCGCCUGAACAUUAGCUAGACUCGACAACCCAAUCAAUGAAUGCCCUUUUUGAGUUGUUCUUCAACGUUUCUUGAACUGCAGAGGCUAUAGCCUACUACAGAAACUGGGAUAUUGCAUUUAUUGUGUGUGUACGCUGUAGCCAUUUCCAACGUCAAGAUGCAGUUUCGGACAGUGUUGGAUGUAAAAGUCGUGGACGUGGAGAAGCGGCGCAAUCCGUCCAAACAUUACGUGUAUCUCAUCAAUGUCACAUACUCUGACAACACCUCCCACAUAAUCUACAGGAGAUACAGCAAAUUCUUUGACCUUCAGAUGCAGAUUCUUGACAAGUUCCCAAUCGAGGGAGGGCAGAAAGAUCCCAAGAAGAGAAUCAUCCCAUUUCUCCCAGGUAAGAUCCUGUUCAGGCGGAGUCAUGUGCGGGAUGUGGCCAUGAAGAGGCUACGUUUCAUCGAUGACUACUGCAGGGCUCUAGUCCGUCUCCCUCCUCAGUUGUCUCAGAGUGAGGAGGUGCUGCGCUUCUUUGAGACCAAAGCUGAUGACCUCAACCCCCCAGGAGAGGACUAUGGAUCAUCCAAGCGCAAAUCAGUGUGGAUGUACGGCUUUACCGACAGUCCAAGGAAAGAGGCCUCAGGCAUUGACAGCUCGGACCCAAUGGUGCUGGAGCAGUACGUGGUGGUGGCCAACUACGAGAGGCAGGAGAACUCUGAGAUCAGCCUGCAGGCUGGGGAGACGGUGGAUGUGAUCGAGAAGAGCGAGAGCGGUUGGUGGUUCGUCAGUACAGCCGAGGAGCAGGGUUGGGUGCCGGCCACAUACCUGGACUCACAGAACGGCACUAGAGACGACCUGGAACUUAGCACCGUCAGGACAGGAGAAGUUACUAAGAGACGCAAGGCUCAUCUGAAGAGACUGGACCGCAGAUGGACCUUGGGGGGCAUAGUGAACCGCCAGCAGAGUCGAGAAGAGAAGUACACGACGGUGCAGCCGUACGCCAGCCAGGGGAAGGACGAGAUCGGCUUUGAGAAAGGGGUCACCGUGGAGGUCAUCCAAAAGAACCUGGAGGGCUGGUGGUACAUCAGGUACCUGGGGAAGGAGGGCUGGGCCCCGGCCUCAUACCUGAAGAAGAUGAAGGAGGACUUCUCAUCCUCGGGCAGGAAGAAGACGCCGACAGGCCCUGUGGAGAUCAUCGGCAACAUCAUGGAGAUCAGCAACCUGCUCCAGAAGAAAUCCAGCAGUGAGAAAGAUGUCCAAACGGAUGGAGAUUCCACCAGUCCUGAGCGCCACAUCUCCAAGAGUGAGAUCAGCCUGCCCAUGCCCUAUGCCCCAGGUUACAACCCCAGCCCCGACCACGGCCCAGGUCCCAGUCCUGGGGUGAGUUCUGGAUCUGGGAUGGGUACCUCCAGUCCUAGCCUGGGCCCUGGUGCUAGUGGCCCUCUACAGGACAGUAAGGGGAAGACGGAACCUGGUUCCCCUGCUGUAGCACGUGUCGCUCCACACAGAGUGUCGAUAGGCUCUCCCAACCUCCGACAAAAACCCCCUCCUAGAAGAGAAACAAAUCUGGGCUUCCAGUUACCCAAGCCACCAGAGCCCCCUACUGUGGAAGCGGAGUACUACACCAUCGCAGAGUUCCAGUCCUGCAUCUCUGAUGGCAUCAGUUUCCGUGGAGGACAAAAAGCUGACGUUAUAGAGAAGAACUCCGGGGGCUGGUGGUAUGUCCAGAUCGGGGAGACGGAGGGUUGGGCCCCCUGCUCCUACAUCGACAAACGUAAGAAGCCCAACCUCAGCCGACGAACCAGCACGCUUACCCGCCCUAAAGUCCCGCCCCCAGCUCCACCCAUCAAAAAGCAAGACUCAGAGGAGACGCCCUCACCUUCACCCAGUCACUCCAUCUCCUCAUCGUCCAAAGCCCCAGAAUCCCCUAGUCGGGCCGCAGUAUACGAGGAACCGGAAUACGACAUUCCCGCCGUUGGAUGCGAGGGCGAGUCGGACACAGAUUCCCUGAAGGGAGAGACAAUACAUCGCCCCCUGGAGGUGAAAAUCAACAAUGUGGUCUAUGAGAAGUACCGUAGUUCUCCUCCGGUCUGCAAGACCUCCCCUGUGAUUAUCAGCUAUAGAAGAAGGUCCUUCAGGUCCGUUGAAGAGAUGGCCAAGGAGGAAUGUAUCUAUGAGAACGAUGGCUUCAGGCGCAGUAGUGGUGAUGAAGGGGCUUCGGCCAAAGGCUGCGGUGGUUCCAACUCCCCAAGGAUCUACCACUCCUCGACUGUACCCCGCAAACCCUCAGGGUCUUCACCUCUAGCAGGGGGAAAGCCAUUGCAGAAGAUCGCCCCGGAGCUGAGCCGAAGCCAGUCCUUAGCCAAAGCCGACACCAGCCCCAGGUCGUCCUCAGACGAAUCAGGUAGAGGUUCCAGGAGACCUCCAGGCAUCAGGACGGUGGAGCAAAGGAUAGGUCAGAGCCCCUCCACCAAGCUCAAGCCCUCGGUGAGGCCUAAACCUCUGCUCACCACCAAGUCUGAGCCACAGUGCUCCGAGAGGAUGGACAUCACUUCCCUGAGACGCCAGUUGAGGCCCACGGGACAACUCCGGCAUACAGUCCAUGGGCUCAAAGACACAGAGACGUCCUCUGUCAUCUCGUCGGAGGACUCCCAUUCUUCCCGCAACAGCACCUCAGACCUCUCUUCCAUCUACUCCAAGGGGAGCCGGGGAGAUUCUGAUCUGGAGGGGUUCAACCUAUACCGGACCACAGACGCCUACGACAAGGUCCAGGAAUCAGAGCUGAGCUUUCCACCUGGGGUGGAGGUCGAGGUCCUGGAGAGGCAGGAGAGUGGCUGGUGGUACAUUCGUUGGCGGGACGAGGAAGGCUGGGCGCCCACCUUCUACCUGGAGCCCAUCCACCAAGGGAGGGACGGCGGUGGGUCCGAGUCUGACGGGCAGCGCUCUGGGUCGGGCAGCGGCACCGGGAGCAAGUCCAACAGCCUGGAGAAGAAUGAGCAGCGCGUGCUGGCGCUCAACGACAUCAACCUCCAGGGACUCACCAACCACCACCAGGUACACAACACGCCAGGGGGUCUGAGAUCGAGGAACAUUCCCCCCAUCCCCUCCAAGCCUCCGGGCGGCUUCUCCAAGCCGGCUGUGCUGGUUAACGGAGCUGUGAGAAUGAGGAACGGUGGGGUGAGACCGCAGUCCGCCGUCAGACCCCAGUCCGUGUUCGUGUCUGUGCCACAGCCCGCCAUGGACAGUCAACACUACAUGACGAGUUCCCUGAGGCGGAACGAGUCAUUGGCCGCCCACAACCAGUACCGUACUGACCAGUACCGCUCCGGUUCCGCUACCCUCGGCGUGCGCCGUAACUCCUCUUUCAACGCAGUGCGUGCGCAACCCGUCACAGUCGAGACCCGAUUGAGACCCUCAGAGCGCUCUAUCACCACCAGGGAUUCUUCGGCGGAACGAUUUGGCGCCGGUGGCGGGACGGACGCCUUGAGCAGGGUUGGGGUUGUUGUGCAGCGUAAUGGUAUCCCCGUAACCACAGUCAGGCCCAAGCCUAUCGAGAAGAGCCAGCUGAUCCAUAACAACCUGGGGAGGGAGGUAUAUGUUUCCAUCGCUGACUACCGGGGGGACGAUGAGACCAUGGGCUUCCCUGAGGGCACCUGCCUGGAGGUUCUAGACAGGAACCCCAACGGGUGGUGGUACUGCCAGGUCCAAGAUGCCCUGCACCCCCGCAAGGGCUGGGUCCCCUCCAACUACCUAGAGAGGAAGAAGUAAGGGCCUAAUAAUAAUAACAAUGUCCCCCUUUGAUGUCACUAAGAAUAUUGGUGAUGACAUCACUCCAUAAGAAUGUUACCCCACAAGAGCUACCACAAGCAAUAUGCUCCAAAUAUGUAAACAGAAGAUUGAUUCUGAAAGACUUUAUGUAAAAAAAAACAAUAUGUUGUUUUAACCGUAUAAUGAGAAAGAGACACUUUUAUUUCUGGCUUACUAAAGUGUACACGUAAAAGACUAAAAGUUCAGAUUUUUGCGUGCGAUAUGGGAUAUAACGAGAGACUGAAAACAGGGUUGGCCACCCCCAGUGUUAGAAACACAAAGAAGUUUUUGGCACUUUGGAACGAUUUGACACGACACCUUCUAGAAGGGGUUUACAUUAGAAAGAGAAGAUGGCUGGGCAAUGAUGGCAAGCCUUAUACCUGCCCUUGUGACUAUAAUGCCAAAUAGGUGCCUUUCGUAGAUGAUCAACUGAAUGGGGGUUCGAAGAAGCGGACGGAACACAUCGGUGAAUCAACGUCAUUACCAAAUGUAUUACUGUGCCAUAGGCCUAUGAGCAUGAAUACCACCAAAAUUAUUUUUGUAACGUUCAAGAGAAUCACUUGAGUAGGAGUGUUUAAGAGCGUUACCGAGUGAAUAGGAUCAAUCUAGAGUGUUCAGAAUCAAAUAAGAAAAAAACAGGAGAACAGGAGAGAUAUCAGCGACUCUCAGUGAGUCACAAUUGACUCACUGAAAAUGACUAAUUGUUUGAUGAUCUUUUUUAGACAUUACUGUAUGUUUUGUUCUUUAAUGUCUUUGUGUGUCUUUCUGUCUGUCCUUAGAGAUGUAUUUCUGCUUUCUUGUGUAACACUCCACCGACAGCCCAGAAUUGGAAAGAGUCCAAGUUUCCUCUCUCGGAUAUUCGAUUCUCUGAAGUUUCACUGAUGGAAUAUCUAUGUUGAGGUACACGUAAUUAGACAAACUUUGUUGUGUCACCCCAUUUUUGGAGUCCCAACUUCUUAUUCUAUAUUUUCAACCAAGCCUACAAUAUCUUGCACACAAAUAAAGCCUAAACUUGUCAAGCUUGAAAACUAAUCAAUCACUAAUUUUUUUAACCUACCACCAAGAUAUUACUUUACACAAUAAGUUUUAGUAUUGUCUGUCUGUAUUAGUCCCAGACAAAUAUAUUUGUAUAUAUGCUUUACUGUAUACAGUAAAGCAACCGCACUUGCACAGAAAAUAAGUACUGGAAAUAUGGCUUCAUAAUGAUCUUUGAAUCCCAGGGAUAUAUUUCCAUAGCCUCGAGCCCGCAAUGUGAUCAAACCAAAGCAGAAUAUCAUUGCAUUGGCUAUUUUGUAUCUUUACUAUUGUAACGAGUGCGCUGGGAGUCAGGAGGCAAGUUCAGGGAGUGUGUUUUAAUCAAUAAAUGUAACAUAAUACAAAACACAAACAACGCACCUACAAGAAACAGAAACAAUGGGGAAGGAACCAAAGAGAGUGAAAUAUAUAGGGCAGGUAAUCAAGGAGGUGAUGGAGUCCAGGUGAGUGUCUUUAUGCGCUAAUGCGCAUAACGAUGGUGCCUUAACGAGCAGCCUGGUGACCUAGAGGCCGGAGAGGGAUCACACGUGACAACUAUUUAUUUAUGGAUACAAAUAGCCCAAACUAGUGUAUUCUAAAAGAUAACUAAAUCGAAGUUUAAAAACUGAAGAAUAAAAAAAAUCUAUAUUUUGAUAACAUCUGGACUCAGUUAAUGUUCUGAACCCACAUGAAAGUAUGUUGAAACAUGCGGAUAUUGCUGUGCAGUAUUGGUUUAUGUGAUAUGCAAUACAAUUUAUGUUCACUUCCUUGCUUUAAAAGUAGUUUGGUAUCUACUGGAUUUAGAAUAGUACUGCAGGACUAUUUUGAGUUAUUACUAUUUACUUAUACGUUUUCCCCAAACACAAAACUGAUAUUACUUCAAAACGAUCCCCAAUUGAAAAUCCAAAUGAAGUACUAUUUCAACUGGCUGGUGUUCAAGACUGCUGAAAUAUUUUUCUAACAGUGUGUGACAUUUUUUCAUGACAUUUUCUGCUGGACAGUAUUAUAGUAUUAAAGUAUUGUACCUGCUAGAUCGCAGUUAUAUCUGUUUUAGCCAACCAUAGUUGUUUUUUGUUGUUACAGUGUGAUCACACAUAGACAAUAAUGAAGAUUGAAGUUCCGUUUUUUGUGAAUUAAUGCACUUUAACACUUGUUUACAGUGCAUUAAUGUAAAGAUGCAGUUGAAAUACUCAGCAUAUUAUUUAUUGAUUUAAAAAAAAAAACUAUUUAAUAAGAGUAUUUUUUUACCUCAAGUUUUUCAACUCCUGUCUUUUCACAGGAAAAUAUCUCAGUCAUUAGAGGAUGCCAAAGCUCCUCACAAUAUAAUAAUUGGAUACUGUACAUGGUACUCUCUUGUGGGAGAUGAAUGCUACUGCAACAUACUUUUUCCAUGUUGCCCUACAAACCGGCAGUUACAAUGCAAUACCAAAUGCACUGCUGGUCAGUGAAACUACCAACUACACAAUGCCUGUACAUAAUUGAAUGUUUUCAAAUAUUAAUGCAGCUAAGAGUUGUUGUUUUUUGUAGUUUGUAAAUUUUUUUGUUCACUAUAUUCUAUUUGGCUAUCUUUUUUUCCAACCUUCUAAAUGACUUUUUUCCCCCCCCAUGCUGUGUGCUGCAACUAGCAAAAUCAUGGACACUUCCUUUCUCCUUAUUGGUCUGUACGUAAUGCCUGAUUCAAAUCAUAUUUAUUUUUGACCUAAUGUUUAUACCUCCCAUUUGUGGUUUGACAAUCAGAUAUGUAUCCACUGCCUCACUAGACUGGACUAGACCUGUCAACCUAGUACAAAAGUCAAUAAUGUGUGAUAUACUGUAUCAUUUUUUCGACAUUUCUACAGUCUAUUUGGUAUGAAUUUCAAGCCGUUGCAUACAGAUCUAUAGAAGCUGAAGUUAAUUCUGCAUCACAAAUGGAGGGUAUAAAAUGCUCUUUAUCUCACCCAUCAUAUCCCAUGUAAAGCAAUGGAAAUCAAUAAUUAGGUCUAUGUCAAGUACAACUACAGUUGAUACAGAACCCCUAACCCAUCUCCCUCCUUCCCCUCGACGAAGGCAUUAUGUAAACGUGUUGAAUCACCCAUAACAUUUCGCUUCAGCACAUAUUAAUGCAUAUCGCUGUUGUUUAAUUGAGUACAAUUUACAUGGCUUCUCUGCCUGCGCUUGCAAAUUACAAGGGAAUUGUAAUGUGUCAAGCUUGACUUUUUCAUAUUUAGUAUUAUGUAUUUUUUAAAUAUUUCAACAACAAAAAAAUGUGUUCAAUGUUUUGGUCAAAAUGCUACAUUUUGUCUUAUUUGUUUUUCGUUUUCACCCCAUUGUAUUUGAACAUCUUUCAGAAAUGUAAUAAUGAGGAAAUGUGCAAUAGAAAUAGGCAUCUUUAAAAAGCAUAGCUAUAGAAAAACAUGAUCAACAUGACCUCCUCUUUCAACAUGCCUAAGGAUAUAUGAUACAAAAAGAUAUUGUAUAUCCCUUAAUCCAUUCAAGCCAUCGGUCAUGUAAACACCUUUAGGUCAUCAUUUCAGGUCCACUGCUUUUUUUCAUAUUAGCCUUUUUCAAAACAGCAACAAUCUAAUGGCACUAAAUAUACUCCAAUCCCAUUGGAGGUGCUUACUUCCAUUGAGCUACAGCACAACAUGUUGUGACAUGAUGGACAUGAUUUUUAACCAAUGGUCACGUAAGAAUCCCUUCUGGUCCUUCCUCCUGGCUAGCGUGUGUGGCUAGUGGACUGUGAAUGUCACCGGCAGAAGCCAAUGACCCGGGUUCCGACCUCGUUAACAUCUAGCUGUUCUCUACCACAGAUCCACAGCGGUAAGAGUUGUGUCAGCAUCGAGGGCCUCUAGGUACUCACCAGACUGCCAUCGAGCUGUCACGUUUGUGCCUGAACAAAAUGUUUUUGUUCUUGGAGUAUCUCUCUCCUCCAACUACUGUACGCAGAUGCCUCCAUGCCAUUUGAACACAAGCCAUGCCGGCCUCUUUCAACCCCCUUGCCAUGGCAAAAGUGACAUUUGGAACCAUCACAGAUGUCAACCGCGUAAUGUAAACUGGGAGAGAGACUGUUAACCGGUAGUCUUGUAGGGAAACAGUGAUGUGUACUACAGGGCCAUCGUAGUUUAAUCCAUCCGCUUCCAAACCUAUACCUACCACCAAAUAUAAGAAAACACCUUUUUUUUAAUGUAUCUCCAUGUCCUCGAUUAAGCCCCAUGGGAAUUCAUUUCAGACUUGACCAUGUUCCCGAAUGUUUAGAAUCUUCUGAGGAGAAAGAGAGAAAAUACUACAUGGGUUUGGUUCUUUGUCAACAGAUUACAACAGUGAUGUUCUUGAGGUCCACUAAAACUGGUUGGUUUAGAAGUUUCCUCUACAGAUGAUUUUCUUUCACUUAUCCCCACAUAACAGUUAAGGUGCUUUGGAAGGUCUCAGUUCAUUUCCUUUCCCCUCCAGUGGGUUUUAUAGGGAAGAAACACACACACCCUUGAGUUUUAACUUUGGUGGAGAGUGCCACAGAUUUGUGGUAAAGUAGCACCCAUGUACGGGGCGACACACACACACACACACACACCGACGAGGGAUGCCAUUCAUGUCAGAGGGAAUAGAUUAGAGCCUCUACCAUAUUUGCGAACUCAGCCAAGUGAGACAGUCCCUACUGACGCCACACUGCCUUGACUCUCUGCCCCCGCCUCCUUUCUCUCUUUUUAUUUGAACAAAUUGACGGGCCUUCUCGAGCGUGACCUUCCCUUAAGCCUAGUAAUCCUAGAUAGCACCAGCCGGAAUGUCCUUUUUCCUUCCCGGAUAUUUUUUUCUACUCUUCCUUUACUAGUGCCUCCUUGCUCACUCUUUGGCCUUUUCCACCAAACUUCCGCCAUGUUCUUUUUCUUUCUUUCGCCUCAACCAAAGCUAGCAGUUCCCAGUGCCGAAAGCUAGUCACUUGAAGAAUGAAGAGAUUGGAUGUGUUGAGUGUAUCUAGUGUAUGAGGUUUGGGUCGUAGAAGCAUGUGAUGUGAGAUAUAGUGUGUUGGUGUGUUUGAGAGAGGACGUGUGCACUGUGAUGAGAUGGAUUGCGUGCAGGUGAGGUCAGGAGAAAGAUAGGAGGAGGUCAGGGAUGAGGUUAGUUGUGUGUGGGAUGCGUCGGGAAACCUGAGAUGGAUCAGAUUGUGGAUCGUAGAUGACAUGGCAAGAAUGAGAGAACGAGACAGAGAUAGGGAACAAGAGAGAGUGAGAAAGAGAGACAGGAGCUGGAUAGAGUUGUGGACAUUGUGCUCCUCUGUUCAUGCUGACUGGACUUCUAUUAAAACCAGCAGCAACAGCUUCCAUCAGAGACAAUGAAUAACACUGCAUCAUACUUCCUCCUCUUCUCCCAUCUCCCACAGCUCGGGCUAAUGAACUAUCCAAUGUACGAUGCGUGGCUGUGAAAUCUCAUUAUCAAAACACCAUUUUAAUUGCGGUAGUUAAAGGUUUGAAGGCCAGUAAUUCUCGCGCCGGUGGCGCCCUGAUAGCGGGGUAGCACAGCCACGAGGGGCUAAUCUAAAACAAAUGAGAUUGCGGCUGUCGAAGAUGGAUAGAUGCUCUCACUCUUUGUCGCUCUCGUUCUGUCUCUCUACAGCUUUUUAGCAGGGUGGCAUAUUAAUCAUGUGUCUGAUUUAUUCAGCUUUAUAUAAUUUGCUGUGGUGAAGCUUCAACUUCUGUCUGGUGGCUUAUUCUGUCCUGGUGUGAAGGGAGAGGCUGGAGAGCCAGGUUAAUGAGAGAAAGGGUAGGAGAUGUGAUGAUUUGAGAAAGUUAGUAGUAAGUGUUUGUGAAAGGGGUGUGAGGUGUUUAACUUAAGGGUUGUUUUUAGUAGGUAUUUUUAACAACUUUUUUAGAGUGAAUUUUUUAUGUUGUUUGCUCAUGAAGGAAGUCAAUGAAUGAAAGAAAAGAAGAAGAACAAGAGGGAUGAAAGCUUACUCAGUGCUAGAACUGAUGGUAACGCUUCAGACAGGUGGAAUGGGACUGCCGACUACGCCAAGUGUUACUUAACACAACAGGUGGCGUUGGGGCAUUGCUUAGAAUGCUAAUGUAUUGCAUGGCUGAGGAAUAGUGCAUGCAGGUUCUUUUUUGUGUUUCCUGCUGUGCUGAGACUCUCACUGUUUGACUUCCUGUUCUAAUUACUAUUUUAUACUCUCUUUAAUUAACCCUCAGACAGAUACAUCAUGUCAUAUCACUCUUAGCAAUAACUGCUCACACUGCUUAAAACUACCUUCCUUUUUUUGUAUGGGUACCAAUAUGGAACAUAUUUAUUGCCACAUCCAUAUUUUCUGGAGGGAGGAUUUGUCAGAUAAAGAUGUGUGUCAUUUCAGGGGUCACCGAAUAAUUUUUAGUUGGCGUAGUCAAACGUCUUGUUAUUACCUAAGAUCAGGCCUUCAUGAGCAUUCUCUGAUGCCAGUUAUAGUCUAAUUCCUAUUUACAGUAGAACAUUGUGUGGCAAGUCUCCAACACUGUCACAAAAACCUAAUUUGUAGACAAGGCCUCAAACCAAAGUUAUACUCUCUAAACCUAUGCUCUGUAAACCAUCUAGGUCCUUAUACCCAAACUUGAAACAAGAAUGACCCACUACCAGUAUGUCAACUCUGUUACAUCAUACCACCAAUGCUUCGAGUUGGACCAAAGGAGUUGCUAUAAUAUCUGUUUUUCUCUCUUUUUUAAAAUUUGCAUUAUUCUUAUGCAACAUUUGUGUUCAACUCUAUAGAGACAACUAUAGAGACUCGUCCUGUUUUCAAAAGAAAGGUGUCGUGGGAGGAUGGAGUUCAAGAGAAACGUGUUUUCUGAUUCCUUUUGUAAAUGUCACUGACGUGAGUCAUUCGGUGUGACAAAAUCUAAUGUUGUGUGACAAGGCGAUAAAGAAGCAGGACAUGUCAGGACAUGUCAUGAUUUUACAAUUUGCCAUCAGUGAGUCAAUAAGUGUAUGUGAAAGUACAGCAAAUGUACAAAUAAUCGAAUCAGUCUACUCUUCAACGGGAAACAUAGGAAUUGGUCUGUGUGCCAGCGGUUCGUUUUGAAAACAGGGCCGUCCCUUUUUACCGUUUUCAUUUUGAAAACCUUUUUGUUGUUGUUGUUGUCUUGUUCCUGUUUACAUUGUAUCUUGCAUUGCCCCUAAAGAGAAACACUAUUAAAUGUAUUAUCUUUGUUUCAUUCA